AUGUCUACUGAAAAGCCUAAAAACACGCUGGGCAUUCCUGUUGCCGAAUUUUUGGAAGAUGUUGACGAUUUCAUGUCAAAACAAACCGGUACUGCCACUGAAGUACUCAAAGCAAUGGACGAACUGCGCUUGAAGUACAAGUACAUGGAGCAGAGUCAGCUGGCAAAGAAGAGUAAACUCAAUAACCAAGUUCCAGACAUUCAAAACAAUUUGGAGGUGUUGCGCACUUUGAAGGAUAAAUAUGAAAAGAAGGCUGAUUUCGAAACUAGCUACUUACUUGACUCUCACGUUUACUCAAGAGCUCAAAUAACGCCCGGCAACACUGUCGGCCUUUGGCUAGGCGCUAAUGUUAUGCUUGAGUAUCCAAUUGAAGAAGCCAUGAGUCUGCUCUCAAAGAACCUUGAAAACGCCAAGAAAAAUCUAAAGCAAGUGGAGUUGGACUUGGAUUUCAUCAAAGAACAGACGACGACUACCGAAGUGAACCUAGCGCGAAUUUACAAUUGGGAUGUUCGCAAGAGGCAAAGUGCUUCCCCGGAAGACAGUGCCAACGCAGCGGCAGAACAGUCAAAUGAGUGA